CUUUUUGAAAAACUUGAAGAUGCUAAUGUUGGUAGUCUAUAAGUAUCGGAACCAAAAUUCUCUAAUGUUAUUUUGUUUAGGCCUACUAGUUCAUCAAUGACUUCAAUAUUGCUUGGAGGGGAAUCUUUUUCGGCGUUGCUCCUUUGACGUGCUAAACCAAAAGGCCGUCAAAACUAAACCAAAAGGCAAAUGCAGGGGACAUGAGCUUUGUACGUAGGGUUUUAGCUUCAACUAGGAAGGGUUUAUGCUUAACCCCUCAAAUUCCAAUCAAUCUCCCAAAUUCACAACUGCCCUUUUGCAAUUAUCACUCAAUUCCCAGCAAUUUGUUGCAAAAAUUGAUAAAUGAGCCAAAAUCACGCAUCAAAAUCACUCUUGAUUCGGAAGAAAAUUCGACCCUCAAGAACAUUGGUUUUUCCUGGGAUUCCCUUCUCUGUGCUCUUAAUUCUUCUUCUACAUCCAAGGCAAACCUGGCUUUGGAAUGGAGAUUAGAGAAACUGUUGAAGCACAAUGAGAGAAACCAGGAGUUGUAUACUGAACUAAUUUCUCUUUGUGGAGAAACUCGCAAUCUCGAGUUAGCUAUGAGGAUAUUUAUGGCAAUGGAAUCUGUUGGGUUAAAACCGACAUCUGACGUCUUUAAUUCGUUGAUAUCGACUUCUUUGUGUGUGGGAAAUGAAAUGACUGCACUCAGCUUGUUUGAGGUAAUGGAGAGGUCAGAUGACUGUAAACCAAAUUCUAAAACUUAUAAUGCUUUCGUUUUAGUGUAUGCUAAGUGGGGUAAGGUUAAGGUUAUGCAAGCAUGGGCCUCAGCUAAGAGAGAUGCUGGUUUUCCUGCUGAUUUGCAGUCAUAUGAAUCUCUAAUUUCAGGCUGUGUUAAAGCAAGAAUGUAUGAUAAUGCCGAAAGAUUUUAUGAAGAAAUGGUAUCAUCAGGUUUUAUACCUAACACACACAUUUUGGACAGAAUGGUUGAUGGUUUUUGUGAACAGAAGGAUCUUAGUAGAGCUAAAGAGUUUUUGCUCAACAUGAUUGAUAAUGGGUGGGAAAUUAGUGCACAUAUAGCAGACAGGCUUUCAGGAUUGUAUUCAGGACUAGGGAUGAUGGAGGGAAUUGAGGAGCUUCUCCAAACCCUAAUAGCAACGAAUGAAAGUCAAGAAGUUCUGUUGCGAGUUCAUUGUGGAAUCAUUGGUAUGCAUGCAAAGGCGGAUAGAUUAGAUGACAUGGAAUAUGCUGUUGGGAGGAUGUUGAAACAAGGGAUAUCAUUCAAAUCAGCUAAUGAUGUCAAGGUCAUUAUCCGAUCUUACUUCAGGCGGGAAGCAUAUGAUAGGCUAGAGUUGUUUUUGGAGCAUAUAAAAGGCUCUUACCAGUUCACAAAAUCAACUUAUGAUGUAUUGGUCACUGGUUAUAAUGAAGCUGGGUUAUCCGAGAAAUUGGAUGUUUUGCUGAAGGAGCUGGGUUUGUGUGAAACUUCAUGAGCCAGGAGCCUUCAAGGUCAAACCUGAGUACCUGACCAUGGAAGUAGUGAAUACAGGUGUUCUUGUAAUAAGAAGCUGCUCAGAACCAAAAUCAGUUCUACUUCUCAGCUUAUUAACUCAAUCGAGCAACAUAUUUUACAAACAGCAUAUGGUCUGGUUUCUAUUUCAUUCUUUUGUAGAAGGCAUGGUGGUUUUAUCCAUCCAGUGUUCAAUCAAAGCUGUUAUUUGAUGCUGAGGUCGACCAAGCUGAAAAGCUGUUUGCUUAAGCAACUAUAUAAUGAUGAAAGCCUUUUCUGCUACAUACAAUUUG